CCCAUUCCAUCAGGAGCUCCAGUGUCAUAAUAGGAAGAAUGUAUCAGUGAGCAGAGACUUUUUUAAUCAGUCAGUGUUGGAGCUCUGCUCUGGAGGACAUCUAGUGAUGGCCACAGCUUCAGCAGGAGAAGCAAAAGAAGCUGAUACACCUUGUACUCCCGAUGCUAAAAAGGAUGAACUGGAGAAAUGGCCCAACCAGAUACACUUGCCAAGGUUUUCUUUAAAACAAGGACUAAUUCCCAGGCAUUACACGAUGAGCUGGAAACUAGACAUGAAAUUCAGAAAAGUGCAUCUAAAGCAUGCGCAGCUGAGUGGGAUCCACUCUGGUCCUUUAGAAGAAAGCCUGUUUCUGGAUCGCUCUGAAAGACUUUGCCAUGGGGAAGAUCGAGAUAUUGUUUUAAAGAAGUGUUCCCCCCACAUAAAAAUAGCUGAUAUGCCUUUACAUUCUCCUCUGUCCAAAUACCAAAGUACUGUCAUUUCUCAUGGAUACAGGCGACAACUGAUAUGAAAAAAAGAAUGAAA